AUGUCGUCAGCAAGUCCCCCCGCCGGUAAACGCAAGCGCAGCGCCUCACACCUCCCCGUACCUCAACCCACAGAGCUUCAACCCUCUUCGCGCGACGCGUCCGGCGAAGGCGAGGACUCGACCGGUCCUACCAAUGCGCCACCCAAAACCAAGACACAGGCCGACUCCACCACUCCCUCUCACAAACGGGCCCGCAAGAGCUCAGGCGCGUCUGUAACUAACGGUGCCACACACAAGGAGGAUCCUGGGGAGCCCUCAGAAACCACCGUGGCAUCCUCCGAUAUUGAGGAUCCGCCGAGGAACCGGCCUGGCUUGCACAUUGACUUGCCGACGGAUCAGGAGGCUAUGCCUCCGCCACAGCGUGGUGUAUUGCAAGACCCGGUGGGUUACAAGACUAAUCCGCCGCCGGUUGGACGGCCAGUUCGAGUCUACGCAGAUGGAGUUUUUGAUUUGUUCCACCUUGGUCAUAUGAGACAGCUUGAGCAGGCUAAGCACGCUUGCCCCGACACUUACCUCAUUGUCGGUGUCACCGGUGAUGAGGAGACGCACCUUCGGAAAGGCCUCACAGUGCUCAGUGGUGCUGAGCGAGCAGAGACCGUUCGACAUUGCAAGUGGGUGGAUGAAGUGAUCCCCAAUUGCCCAUGGGUGGUGACCCCAGAGUUUUUGGCUGAACAUCAGAUUGACUAUGUCGCUCACGAUGACCUACCAUACGAGGCUGCGGAAGGAGAUGAUAUCUACGAACCCAUCAAGGCCCAGGGCAAGUUCCUGGUCACUCAGAGAACGGAAGGAGUCAGCACCACCGGUCUCAUUACUCGGAUUGUCCGAGACUACGACCAAUAUAUCUCCCGUCAAUUCAAGCGCGGUGCCUCCCGUCAAGAACUCAAUGUCUCGUGGUUGAAGAAGAACGAGCUUGAGAUUAAGCGACACGUGGUGGAACUUCGGGACAACAUCAAGAACAACUGGACCAUGACCGGCCAAGAGCUGGGCCGGGAACUGCGCCAGAUCUGGCAAAACAGCCGGCCCAGCAGCCCAGCACCCAGUACCCGCAACAGUAUGGAUUUCGGUACUGCGCGUGGUCCCCUGGCCAGCCCAACUGGGGGUGGCAAAUCACAUCUGUCUCGUGUGGAGGCGCUGAACCGUCCCGACAGCCCCAUGGCUGGUGCCCGGAAUGAGGACUUUGCAACUGGUUACAGCCUGGGACUGAUUGGAGGUGUACGAGCAUGGAUGAUGCGUAGCCGCCUCUCCCUCCAGGAAACGCCCAGCCAAAUGCAUUCGCCCACAGAUGAGGAACCCGGGUCUGAGCAGACUAACGGGUAUGAAGAUGAACAUCGUGGGCGAGAAGGCAAAGGUGUCUCUGCUCAGUAG